UUUCAUCUGCCAGAUGAUUAACAAAAACAAAAGUCCGAAUUUAAUUUGACGCAAAAGAAAAGUUAAGCCACAAAAAAAGAAAAAAAGCAGCCAUAAUGGAAGUCAUCCUUAUGAUUAUAUUCGUCACCGCCUUCUGGGCAGGAGUGGCCAAGUUCGGACCCAUCCUAUUCUCAAAGGCGCCGCAGCAAGAUCUUGUGCGAUGUGUCUGCCUGCUGACCGCCGCUUGCUGCUGGCUCUUCUGGCUGUGCUGCUAUUUGGCGCAACUGAAUCCUCUGCUGGGACCCAAACUCAACCAGAACACCAUUAAGAUCAUCGCCAAAUCGUGGGACAAUCCCAUAUCCGAGGGAUAGCAGGGGCGAGGACCGCGGGCAGCAGCGAGGAGUAGUUAACCUUAUUCUCCGCAGCCACAUCACACAUUUUUGUACUUUAACAAAAUUAACAAUAGUAUGUAUUGUAACCCCCAAUUUCCCAUGCUAUGUAGAUUCUAAAUUAUUGAUCAGAAUCGAGCUCUACACAUCCACGUUUUGUAUUAUUUUUGUAAGCGAAUUUGUGGUAAUUGUCGGCCACGUUCGCAAAUAUGUUUUUGAGGAACACUGUGAGUUGAGAAUGUGGAUUUAUGAACACAUACUUUAUAUUUAUCUGCAUUUGCACUAUAAUUUACUGGACGUCGUAAGCUUUACAGCUUUACUGCACCGAAGAGAUUAUCAACCAAUUGUUUACCCUUUGUAGAUAAAUUUACUAAUGAUUUAAUGUACAAGUGAUUAAUUUAUUGGAAAAUAUAUAGACAAAUGUUUUGCCUUUAAUCAUUAA